AUGGCUCCGCCCUCCAGAUCAGAAGAGCUUGCAUCUACUGAAAGAGACGGUUCUCAGAACGUCGAAGAAGUCUCAUAUUCUGAGGCACCAGAAGCUAAAAGCCAUCAGUCCGGCCUAGAAGGCCAGAGUGAGAGUCUAGGCACUGUGAACUCUCUGGAUUGCAGCAUGAGAGGCAUCGUGAGAGCUGUGCAGGAUGUGCAUUUAGCAGACACCAAAGACAAAGACAUCUCUGCUUUCGACUCGGAAAUCGAGGAACCUGGGGCGCUCAAGCGCGAGACUUCGUUUGAAGAUGAUCGCACGCACCUCUCGAGUUCUUCAACGAAGCAGACGAGCUUCGACUCCAAGAGUGUGGCUUCAGUUACCACUUUUGCGAUGGAUGAAAAGGAUUCUUUAAGACCGGAUGAUAGUGCCAGCGUGCAAGCUAUUGACGAGGAAGAGUUUCUUUCUGGGCCUGCUUCUAACGCGCCGAACUCACUCACUGGAUCCGAAUCAGGAGCUCGUGCAUUUCGAGAUCAUCUGCGGGAGUCGACCAUACAACGACCUCGACCGAUCUUGCAAAACCAUAGCUCUAUCUUCUCCGAUGCUAGUCAGCGGCCUAACGGUAUACCUCAUCCAGAGUUGGUCUCCAACAACUAUGUCCUAUCCAAUACAGAUGGCUUCUCAGUUGAUCGCAGUCUGCAUGGUUUUCCUCUGGAACCAGACGAGAAGCUUCUCGAGGCGAUGAAGUCUCCAAAGGACCGUCUUCUGAUACUUCAAUUAGAAGAAAAAGUCCGCCACUUUAUUCAACAUUCCAAGUAUGUGGGCACUUCCCGGAAAUUUCAUUCAUGGCUUCUCUAUCUAACAGUUGGUCUCAGGGAGCAAUCAUUGGAACUUCCACCUUCAAAUGCCUUUGGAAGACUACUUGCACAUAAGCUGGGUGACUACUACCAUUUAACCCACUUUGUAGACAACAAUGUCACAUCUGUCCGUCUUCAUAGGACACCGUUCUGCCGACUCCCAACUCCUCUUUCUGUUCUUCAUGCUGCCACUAAUAGCACUCCACCCCCAGCUGUUCCAGCCAUGAAGAUCAUGCGCCGCAAUGAUGGGGAUCGGCCCUCUAACGAUGGAAGCACGGCGGCAAGCUCUUCAGUGCCUUCAAAAUCAGCAUCGGAACUUGGCGACAACGGCAAUGAUUGUGAACGAGGCGGAUCAUCGGCGGGAGCCACCCCGGCUAAAGAUAGGUUGACAUUAACGAGAGAAGAGCGGGAAGCCAAGUAUCAGGAAGCAAGAGAGCGAAUCUUCCGUGAUUUUCCAGAGUCGAAAUCCUCCGAUAAUGGGGACCAAAGUGUCGACAUGUCACGUUCCAGCUCAACAAGUGGACGAAAGAAAACUCACAGGCAGAAAACUCCGCAUGACGACAGCUUUGAAGCUCGGUCGCAGUUCAACGCCUAUUAUCCAGGAGUGCAGUAUAAUAACGGACCGAUCCCAUACAAUGCGGCGAUGAAUGAUCCAUCGUUUGCUAGCCAAGCCCCAUAUAUGGUAGGGCCUGGAGUGGCCCCCCCUGGUUACGCCCCAACUGCUCCGACUGGCACCAUGUAUUCCAAUCACAUGAAUCUCAAUCCCCUUCCCCAAUAUCCGAUGCCUGCAUCCCCCCAGAUGGCUUCGGCCGGCUCAUGGCAAAACAGUGCUAUACCUCAACAGUCACCAUAUUCUGGAUACGCUUCCAUGAGCCAGUCGCCCGUGAUGAUGGCUCAACAGUCGUCAACCAAAUCGUCGCCUGCAUUGAACAACUACGCCAUCCCACAACAUGCGCAGGCGCCAUCCACUUGGUCUUCUCCGCCAUAUCACGGAGGGUACCAAUCGACACAUCGGAGUCAUGCCCCUGUUCAUUGGCCGAAUUAUCCCUCGCAGCCUCCCAUUCCCUCACCUUAUCCUUAUGCCCAAUAUACCGGGCAACAACCCCUCAAUCCGGCGAUGCAAGCCCAUUCAAACUCGCACCCUUUGCCGGGGAGCUUCACCAGAUCACCAUUCAACCCCCAAACUCGAUCAUUCGUACCCGGUAGUACUCCCUUGUCUCGUCACCCAAGCAAGAGCGGCCAACCGAGCAUGGGCAUGUAUCCUUCUAUGCAACCCGCGAUCCAUACUCAAUGGGGCGGGUUGCAAGAUUUGAAUUCGAAGGCUCAAGAGAUGAUUGGAGCGGGACCAGGCCUGAUGCGCGGGCCAUCUGGAAGUAUGGAUUCCAUCGCAAAGUGGGGCACGCCUGCUCAUCUGCCUCCGAAGCCGCCUCCGUCUGAAGUUCCUUCUGAGUUCGAGAUGAAGCAUCGAGUGCCGCCCGCCCCCACGCACCCUUACAAUGGCAACAUCGCACCCAAUCUCAAGAACGGGCCGCUUGUCAUAUCGGGAGGGGCCAAUUUACCCAAGAUGAGUUGA